AUGAUUCGGGUCUGCACAACGGACAAAUUGAAUGCAGCAGCAAUUCUUUAUCGUCUGGUCGCAGUCUUUGGCUGGAUUGCGAUGCAAAUGAAGCUAAUUGGUGGUAUAUCUGUCCAUUUUUUCGCAGAUCACGGCAAAUCAAAUGUGGACGUUGAUGUCAAACGCUCUAGAAAAAAGAAGCUGUUUUUGGCCGCUUGA